GAAUACGAAUCUCUCCACCGUGACUUGAACAUUGGAUUCGGUACAUGGGAAUUUGAUCCAACAGAAAUUGAAAACCCGUUUCCAGAAAACGAAGGGGGUAACGAAGGUUAUGUUCAUAUAUGGCAGGGUGAUGAGUAUAUUCUUGUGCCCGUGACACCGCAACGGUAUAUAGCCCAACAACUUCCAUGGAUAAACUAUCACGAGCUAACGGGUGCGAGCCACAUGUUCCCGUAUGCUGAUGCGAACUGUUAGUUCAUAAUGUUGUUUUUGGGCUUGAUUUCUAGCUUCCUAUUGUCUUAAACAAACCAUUGUUAAGAUAAUACAAUACUGGUAGUAUAUUUAGCGUUAUGCUUUAGGGUUUGAAGUUGAUAGUUAAAACAUAUGGUAAUGCGAUCAUGUUAUUUUAUCGUGUUA